AUGUUGAACAAAUUCUUCCUCGCCGCCCUUCUCUUGGGCCAAACUAUGCUGGCCAUCCCUCUCCCAGACACUGAUCUGGCUAAAUCACACGAGGCUAGUGUUCCUGAUACCGAGGUGAAUGGCAACCUCAUUGCGCGUGCCCCUCCGGACGACGCUAUGUAUGCUCAUCCGGAUGACGCGGAUUAUCAUCCGAAGGUGGACAAGCGAGACGAGAUUGAACACAAACACACCAACGCGCUGGAACAGAGGAACGCCCCUGAGAUCAACAUCGACGACCUCCCAGAAAAUUUGGCGCAGAGAGACAUCGAGAUGAACCAAGCGGAAAACCAACCCGGCGAAUUGAGCGAAAAUCACGUGGAGAAGCGAAACGAGAUUGAAGAUGACCACACCAACGCGCUGGAACAGAGGAAUGCUCCUGAGAUUAACAUCGACGAUCUCCCAGACAACUUGGUCCAGAGAGAUGUCGAGGUGAAUCAAGCGGAAAACCAGCCCAGUGACUUGAGCGAUAAUCACCUGGCGAAGCGAGACAAGAUUGAAGAUGACCACACCAACGCGCUGGAACAGAGGAAUGCUCCUGAGAUUAACAUCGACGAUCUCCCAGACAACUUGGUCCAGAGAGAUGUCGAGGUGAAUCAAGCGGAAAACCAGCCCAGCGACUUGAGCGAUAAUCACCUGGCGAAGCGAGACAAGAUUGAAGAUGACCACACCAACGAGCUGGAACAGAGGAAUGCGCCUGAGAUCAACAUCGACGAUCUCUCAGACAACUUGGUCCAGAGAGAUGUCGAGGUAAAUCAAGCGGAAAACCAACCCAGCGACUCGAGCGAUAAUCACAUGGCGAAGCGAGACAAGAUUGAAGAUGACCACACCAACGAGCUGGAACAGAGGAAUGCGCCUGAGAUCAACAUCGAUGAUCUCCCAGACAACUUGGUCCAGAGAGAUGUCGAGGUAAAUCAAGCGGGAAACCAACCCAGCGAUUCGAGCUAUAACCACGUGGAGAAGCGAGAUAUUGACCUCCAACCGAGACACGGUAUCUUGAAAGGACGGGUAGGAUUGAACUGGACUGAAGAGGAACUGGCAGUUCGUAGUAACUACUUUGGGACCAAGGUCAACAAAGUUAUCGGGCCCUUAUUUUCCCGACAAAAACAUUCCACUGCUAGGCUGAAUGUGGCCCCGGCUGAGCGCUCGGGUUCGCGGCCUUGCCCUGCCCAGGCAUUCCUCCCCGCAUCAUUUACGUCGUGGCCUGACAUGAAUCGUCUAGUCAAUCAUCGUGAACCAAUUUCCAAAAACUUUGUUGUGGGAAGGCAUGGGUGGGAUUUCGAUCAACUCGCUGGCCGACGGUCACCGGCUUAUUGGUUUCGGUGA